CUUCACAUUCGUACAUGUCCAUUGAAAAACCCAACGUACAUCUUGCCAGCAAAUGGUGAAAGCCUAUCUAUUAGAUAAUAAAGGAAGAACUAUAUUGAAAAGUUGUCAGUGCCCGCCAGAAGAAGACAGCUUUCAAGAAUGGCUGAUUACGAAACGGAAAUACGCGCAUUUCAUAGCACCUUUUAUAGCAGUGUUUAACGGUCGCGAGAAUUGGUGGCUGUGAGAUAUUUUAAGGUUUGACAACUUGAUUAUGGAGAACACAUCAGAUUUGAGAAUCAACGUGUGUAAUCCUAACCUGUCAAAUCGACGAGGAAAUCACGAAUGAGUACUACGCGAACCUGUUACUCCGCCCUAAAUUUCUUGAGCAAAGGCUCCGGUUGGUCUAUAAAUAAAGAAAAUAAAAUCCUGUCUCUGUGUGAAAAUAAACCGAAUUAAAUCUGAUAUGCUAGCAAACUUAACUUGUUAUGAGAAGAAGUAACUGUCUGCUAUCCAAAGAUCUCGACAUCUUUAUUAAACUAUUCUAAUUAAUAAGACAUACCCUUAAUACCAUUAAUUUUAUGUGGAUCAUAGUACCUUACUAAUACCAUGGACAGACACUUGGCAUCGACUGCGUGACUUAUGCACUAAAGUAUUGGCUUGGCCGCUCUUCCAAAAAUAAUGGCAACUGGAAAAGAACUAUACGUUUGUCAAUGCUCACCUGGCUUCAGAAAUAAUAUGAAAUAGCCUAUUUCAACGAUUAAGAUUGAUUCCGUCAUAUGUUAUGCAAUAAUUAUUAUUCAAUGCGUAUAGCGAUUAUAGUGCAAACCAUUAUAUUAUGCAGUUUUUACGUACAUAAAAGCCUGGAGCAAGCAGCAACAAAUUGUGCUUUAAAACAAAAAAUGUAUUUCUUAGCAUAGCCAUUAUUAGAACUAUUAAGCUUCUAAGCAAGAACAUCAUCUUUGGUAGUUGCUCCUUGAGCCGCUCUAAUUGCAUUAAUGCCCUCAGUCAUCUCUGUUUAUCAUCAGCUUUAUGGCCUAUUAUUUGCCAGCCGUUACAACGUUAUAUAUUAAACGACAGCUUCCUUGAGUCGUGUCACUAUGUAAAUUGUUCGCGCUGUUUCCGCUGGUAUUCUCACACAUGUAUCAGGCGGGUAUCCGAUACGGGACACAUUCAAGAAAUGGACCAUGUUUGGUUUAUAAUCUAGGAGGUGUAAAUAUUACUGUUUGAAAUGUGAGAUUGGACAAGAGUCGCUUUUUAUGUCAAAUCGAACUUCACUUCCUACUUUUCAUUGUCAUUUUUCAUUGCCAUUGGAAUCGAAUCCAUAAGUACUGUUUUCAGCGGGAGUUCAAAUAUCGGUCAACAGAAUGAGCUUGGGUUCCGGUUCGUCUGCGAUUAUCGACUUGAAGGCUGAACUUUUGCGUAAGCGAAACCAAGCUGAGGCGAAAAGUCGCCAAAAUGCUGAAAAGAUAUCGGAGAAUACAGUUCGUAAAGGGGGGUUUCGCGUAGAACAGCGAGUUCCGAAGGAGAAGAAGAGCAAGACAAAAAUUACUGAUCCUCCACCCCUAGAAGAUGAUAUCGACAGCGAGGAAGAGAAUGCGCUGAGGGAAUCAAGGCGCCGCUUAGAGGAAAAGGCGCACAGGUACGAGGCAAUGAAGUCUUCUGCGAUCGUUGAUCCUUGGUCCUUAUAUGCAGGCGAACAAAACGACGAUGCUACACUUGUUGAUUUCGGAGCCAAAGUAAGAUUGAAUAUUCUAGAGGCGUCGAAUCAACAUCAACUUGAAAAGGGCCGAAAAGAGGCGGUACGGGAUUCAGAUGACGCCGACAGUUCCGGCGACGACGAUGAUGAAUGGACAACGUUUACGGAUUCGCUCGGACGAACUCGAAAAUGCUUGAAGACGGAGCUUACCAUUUUUUUACGUGAAGAUGAACGUUUAAGGAAAAGCCUUGAGAAAAGUCAUUCGAAUGAGGCCAUCGGAAGCAUUCCACUACCGGUGCCAACCGGCGAAGGUGUUGAUAGUGAAGCUGGCAUUAAAAUAUCAAAACCUAUGAAUGCCGUUGAAGACCUCGAAAAAGAAAAAAGGUUGCGUCAAUGGGCCCAGGUGGAACAAGAAAACGCUGCAAAGGAACGUAUACAUUACCGAGAUGUACUCUUUAAUGAAGUGCGCGAACAUGGUCAGGUCCAUUUCGAGUUUUCGCGUAACGAGGCAGAGCGUUCUGAGCAACUAAAGAUACUUGAUGGAUUACGUGAGGAAUCAAUACAGAAUCAGAAAGCUGCGCAGGAAGUGAAAAAAAGAAAGCAAGCUAUUCUUCAACAGCGACUUAAUAGAAUACGAGAGAGAAAGGGAUUACCUCCGGGCGACUUGGACGAGCCGGAUAUCAUUACCGGUGCUAAGGCUGAAAUCAUCGGCGCGAAGGAUGAACGUCGUCAACCAUCGCUUGCAGCUACCUCCACAGCUUCACCCGCACCCGUGCGUCCGUGGGACGAAGGCAAAGAGCUUCACGGGGUUCCGAUCAGUAAGUGUCGAGGACUGUCAACAGGAAGGAAACGAAAUAGAUUUGGUUACGAGGAUUACAUAGAAAGCUGCCGCCAAGAAAGAAUACCAGAAUUUGCGCCUCCCAUGAUCUACAGCGAAGCUAGACAACAAACUCAGGCAAACGGGCCGGUCAGGAUAAGCGGUAGUUCUUCAGGGAUUGCAGAAAUUCAUAAACAGCAAAGAGAACCUACCAAAGUAGACCUUGAUGAAUUUCUCAAGGUAAUGAGGAAUCUAUCGUAGAAUACACGCAAGAUCAGUUUCGGCACAAUUCAUUUUAUAUUUAAAGGCAGAAUCCUUCAAUAUAAAACCUGCACCUCGAAGCGAACUACUGUGGCCUGUCAUGCAGUUCGUACAAAAAAAUGAAAAUGAAUGCGAUUCGGGAAGACAUAUCCUACCAUGGUCGAAUGUCAAGUGAUCCGCUUAUUUAUUUCCGUGGCCAGAAAAGAAUUCACAUAAUAUCUUUUUUGCAAUUGUUAUUGUGAAUGCUGCUGGAAAAUUUCUUUCCUUUGAAGAAGCAAACACUAGCAGUCAUAUCAGGUAGUUUUCACUAUGAAACAACUGUACUCGUUUGUAAAGUAUAUAUCUGUAUAUUUUUUUUGAUCAACAACAAAAUCAGUCUUGAUAUUCAAAACAAUAAAGGAUAACACAAAAUAAGCAACAAAAUAUACCUGAUCAGUGCAAAGCGUUUGCAAUCUGUAUAUUUUGUCAACAAAAAACCUCCACAGUGAAGGGUUCGUAUGCAAAUCGUAAGUUGACAAGGGAUCUUCUUAAAGUGAAGGACGACGCGGAAAACACAGAAGCGAAAAACAUAACCUGAAGCCCACUGAAGAUGCCAACGCGAGUGACACAAAGAAUAUGAGCUACAGAGAACCUUGAUGAGGACGGGGCAGAUGUCUCCUUGAAACGGAGACAAGCCAGAGGAACCGCGUGGAGGAUGCUCAGUACAAAACCGGGCGCGCACAUCCCAUGGACUCUCCGGUGGCAACAUCCUGCAAAAUCAAAAUCACACAAAGCCUCCUAUAGGCACUAAGAUUUGCAAUGAAAAUUGAAUUAUUUAACACCUCCAUUUACACAAAUAGGAGUUCAUUGCACAGAAAAAAGUACAAGUGCAAAACAGGGAGAAAUGUAGGUGUUUAUUUCUUGCAUGAGAUUUACAAGACUUGCUCAUUUCAGCAUUCAAUUUACCAAAUAUAUAUUUAAUAUACUAGAUCUCGUGCAAGGUGGACAAGAUUUGCUAUAAUAUGAAUACUAUAAAUUGUUAAUCAGUCUAAGGGUGUACACGGGAUCAAAAUAUAGAAUGAUAUGAAGAUGGCAAAAUUUACGUCAUAAUAACGAAUAAAAUGUUAGGAGAAGAUUACACAUACAUUAUUACAGCCAAUACUCUAAUGGUAAACGCUGCUUACGCUGCUUUCGAUAAGGAACUUUUUUUCGAUAAGGCUUGCAGGGAUUUCAAAAAGCUUUUAUGAUAUGUAUAAUAUUUGCAAAUAUUUAAAUUAACUAAAACAAACAUUUUCUUGUCUUUGUGUAUCUUUUCUCCGCUCAACGCAUUUCUAGCAACUAAGAUUAUAAAAAAUAACUUAUUUUAUUCAAUACUAAU